AUGUCUGCAUAUUCAAUAAAAUUUGUAGAGCCCCAUGAUGAAUUUGUCGUUCCGCACAUGCAGACUUGCUGUUUAGCUAAUUCCUUGGCGUAUAAGGAAGUUUUGAAAAACCCCAAACUAUUCUAUAAUUGGGACCAAUUACCUGAAGAACAUAAACGGGCGGUCGUUAAGCAUUGUGGCGAAAAGAUACGAAAACUUGAGGAAGAUAAUCGUCAGCAAGCUAUUGAAUCAAGCAAUCAAAUGCCAGCUGUUGAUGUGCCUUCCCCCGGAUCUGUGAUACUUUUGCGUGCCAUGGACCUGCCACCUCCUUGCAAGUUCUUCCAUGCAGGAAUGUGCUUUAAAGGGGAGCACUGUGAAUUUGCUCAUCCCACUCAGCGUUGCAAAUAUUUUAACGCUGGCUUCUGCCAAUAUGGCAAUAAAUGUCACUUUCGUCAUGAUUUAGACAGACUUAUUACAUCAAAUAAUACUGAACUUGCGGUGCCAACUACUUGCCCCUUUUUUCUUGCUGGGCAAUGCAAAUAUGGCGAUUUUUGCACUCGCUCGCAUCAAAUUGAUAAUUCGGAGUUUUCUGGUCGAAUGACACUUGAUGAUUACAAAGCCCAACGCGAAUAUUUUCGGCCUCCUAUCUCAAGACUAGCUCCAGAAACCGGUCUUCAAUCAACUUUUAAGCAUUCUUCCGUUGCUAUUGCUCCUAAUCCUGCUAGACCACCUGUUCAGAAACCAACUACUCGACUUGAGCAGGGAUUUCUGAGAGAUCUUACCCCAGAUGACUUGGAUAAAAUGCGUAAUCUCGAAGUUGAUCGCUUCCUCAAACUCUAUACUCCGAGUCAUCUAAAACAGACAUCCGAUCCAAGCGAGAAAACUAAGAUAUUUUCUCUCCUUUUUUCCUCUAAGGACCCUGAUUGGACUUUUGAGGUGAAACAAAUUCUUCUUACUAUUAUUCUGCCUAAAGAUUAUCCUGUGUCUCCACCUAUUGUAAGUGCUCCACGAACGUCUGACAUUCCAGAUUCAGUUACUAGUGCAUUAAAUGAAGCCAUUAGUCAAUUUAUAAGGGCUCGUUGCGAAACUUAUAGCUCCACUGGCAAGGUUGGACUUUAUCUCCGGUCAUUCUUUUUUUGGUUGGACAAAUCAUUGAAGGAUAUUUUCACCAAUGCUUAUUCUAAGAUUGAUGAGGAACAGCCUGCCAUCUCUUCCGACCUUAGAAUUCCUGAGAGCUUCCAUGAAUCAAUUUUAUCAAUGGGCCCGUCUUUUGUUAAUGAUCGACCGGAAUCGAAACCUUUACAAACUGAACGCCCCAAAGCAUCCGAUGAAAAAUCUCAUGUUGAAAAUGAGGAGUGCAAAACGGUGGAGGAGGCGGAGGAAGUGAAAAAUCAAGAUAUUACGGUUGCAAAUGUUCAACUCCAAGAACUUAUUUUCGAGGGUUUGGAAAUGAGAGGACAUGCUGGAACAGGUCUAAUCACUCGUCUUCCGGUUCAGUGUAUUUGCUCUAUUUGUAAGCUCCAGUUUGAUUGGACCUUCCGACUUCCUCCAUAUAAUAUUAAGGCUAACAGUGAAGAAGGAGAAGAGGAUAGAGAUGCCGAAAAGAAGCCACAAGUCCCAAGAUCUCUGACAUCUCUACCUCCAAGUACUACGACUUGCCAAAGAUGUCGACAUGUGUUGGGAAUGGUUUUCACGGCUGAAUAUGUUCAUUCUUUCGGCUCUCGAAUUGGUACCUUCGAAAUGGCAAAUUGUAUGCUGGUGGAAGUGUAUGCGAAAACUGCUGAUGUUAUGCUUUCUUGCAAUCAUUGCAAUGGUGAAGAAUUCAAAGUUACGGGUCUUCAACCGGACAGAGUGUUGGCGAAACGUUGCCAGAAGUGUCAUGUUGUCUGUGGCAUAUUCUAUACUGGACUUAGUAUUUCUAGGCCAAAGCUGGCUUCAGCCGAUAUUUGUAAGUUGUUUUAA